AUGAUUGGCUCCAUCGACAAUACAUCUUUGGUGUUCGAGGCCGACCGUCAACAAUUACUAUAUUUUCGCCUACCUGGGCAAUCAACAAGUUCCAACUCAUCUUUGGCCUUCAAGUUUUCCAGCGGGACUGAUACCAACAAUAUUGAUGGUAGCCUCAUCAUCGGAUUAGCUAUUUGCUUUGGAUCACCCGUAGAUUGUGAUUCAGUUAUUAUCGUACCGAUGUUUAAUCCCACUGGUUCUAACUAUCCGACUCCGAGUGUUAUUACACUGCCGAUCCUUGCAGAUGGGUCAAUAAUCAUUCGUAUUAACAUUUUUUCUCCUGGAUUCAUGUGUCCAAUGUCCAACGGCACUGAAAUCAAUGCAUGCAUUCUGCUAACCUAUCGCGCUUAUUCGGUUGUCAACAAUAAUCAAAUAUCAUUGCCAAUUUUGUUGAAACCGAAGCGGCCUGUGGGGACACUUGUUCAUUACUAUCAAGUCUAUGUUCGCCAUCAUGUAUAA